UCUGAACAACGAGGAAACUGUGUUGAAGUGUUUGCCAUAAAACCAAGUCUCAGAAGAAACGAAUUCGUCUGACUAAAAAGGUAACCACUAAAUUAAUCAUUUGGCCGUAGUAAGACACUCCGACAUCCAGUCGAAUUACUCGAGCAUUCAUGGCGAAAUAUCAACCAUUCUCCGACGUAAAUCAGAAUCGAUUCUUGUGGAGUUCGGCUUUAUACGUUAAAAGAAAAACACAACAGAAACGUUGCUAACUCCUUUCCUGAGCUCAUAAACAACAUUCUUGAUUGAAGAUCAAUGUGCAUUAUACAAAACAGUCGCCAUGACCCGCGAACUCGGCAGACGGCGCUAAAUUUACUAUAGACGAAUGCGCCAACACUUCUGAUAUCUUUUAACUCUAUUUUGCGGCAAAAUUUCAAGCACUUUAUGUCGAUUCUCUAAGAACUAAUUAUUAGUUAUUUACUGAACAGUCCUCCCAAAAGAUGCACUUAUAAAUAUCGUGACUCUUAAUACAACCGAUGAAGGAAAUUGAUCGACGGAUUUGGAUUUGGAAAUGCUUAUUUCCUUGAAACAUUUUGACAUAAAUAAACAAGUAAUUGAGGUGUUCCUGUGUCAGAAAGAGUUAGAUAUAACAGUCUGUCUUAGGAUCUUCGAUUGAUGUCAUUUUAAGGCAAAGGUUUUUCUGUGCAAUACCAAAACACUGUUUCAAUUGACUUAGUUUUGCCGCCAAGUUUUCAGUAGUCUGUGUCUAAUCGUGUCGUGAUCAGGCGACCCUUAACUCAUAAUUCUUGUGCAUGUGUCAUCAUCAUGCUUCUUCCUUAGCUACUCAAAAGUAGUGAUCACGCGAUACGCUUUAUGUCUCACAGACUCCACUGUGUAUGUCAUUAAAUACUUUUCAAGCGUAGGUUAAAACGUGUUCAUUUGAUUUCGUUAAUUCAUUCGCUACCACACUCACAACAGAAGUAAUCGUCAAGAUUAUGUUCAAAUUCCUAAAUUAAGUUUUUCAAAAUCUAUAACCUACGCUCGAUAAAGCUUCCCUAGGAAACAUUUAACAACAUUUUGAAUGAAUUCUAAUCGAAACAGCGAGUUAUAACUGCUUAAAUUUCGCAACGUGGCAAUGAAUAGUGCACAGUAUUUAUGCUAUCAGGCGUAACACAACGAACCGUUGUUUUAUUGUUAAUUCAGUCCUCCUUCAUAAUGAAAUUUCAUCGUUGAGGUUAUUUUUAUGGACUUAUACCCAACUCAUUCGCAUUUAAGAUCGCUCCUCUUCCAACAGAAGGAGGUAAAGUUUUGCGCGAUUCACAAAACUCUCGAUUCAAGAUUUUGAAUAUCAUUAUUUUAUGCUUUGUCUCAACAACGUGAUUGAAUAAAUUUACCAUCACUGGUAAAAACAUUUAGAACAAAGGAGCGAUGAAUAAUUAGGUACCUGGUAAUCGAUUCUUUACGACUGAGUCUCGCUAAUAGAUCUUGCAAAUGAGAUUCAAUUGACGAUUAUGCUUUUAUCAAUAACAGCAACGAAUGGCUCCUCGCGUUUGUGUUUAAAGUCAACUAAAACAGAGUAAAGACAAUACAAGUUUAUCGAGAGAAAGGACCAGGCUACGAAAACUUAUCUUGUAUGAAAAUACGGUUAUUCGAAAGGAAAAAGACAGAACGAGUACAUUAUUAUCAAUGAAAUCUAUAAUUUCUCCAAGGUGAUAAUUUCCCGGGCUUUUAUUUUGAUUCAACAGUUACUGAGAAAUGGAACACAUCAGGGUUGAAGAAGAAGCUGCAUACCGGGUAUAUUUAUGUCUACGCAAAAAUAUUACAGAAGCAUUAACCCUUUAACUCCCAAGAUCUCAUCAGUAAUUCUCCUUACUGUCUGCCAUACUUUUCUUCUGAUGUUAGUUUUGGAAAUUUGGUAUUGGAUCAACUAAUAAUACUCUAACUGAUAUUUUUUUUUAUUCUCAUCACUUGUCUGCUCAAUAUUGUCAUUGAUAUUGUAAGGAGAAAUUCUGUCUUGGUCACUCAUGGGAGCUAAAGGGUUAAUAUAAAUAUACGUAGAGAGCGCUUUUCAAUCGAUUGUCAUAAACCAGAGGCAAUCACAAGAACCAAUUAUUAUUGAGGAUGAUUUAUAAGGCAAACAUAUUUAUAAUCAAUAAAGAAAAUUAAUUUAUGCAAAUUACCUCAAACCCGGGAAAUUGUGAGUUACUAAGUAAGAAAUAAUUGGUUGAGAAGAAAGAGCAAGUUUUCCAGUUUUAAUCUCAGAGCUUUGGAAAGCAAAAAUAUUCCAAUCAGGCAGUAUUUCCGACACCCGAUUGACAAUUGCUCUGAUACAUCGGUGGUACAAUGUAUCGCAGAAUGGUAUAAGUUUCAAACUAAAUUAAAUUGUAACUGAAUUAAAGCAACUCAACGAUUUUCUGCUUUUGGAGAACGAAUGCGCCAGUUAAAAUAUUUGAAGGAGUGUAUUCAAGCUUUGCAUACCGAAUCGUAACUAAUCACUGUUAAAGUUAUUUUUUAAUUGUUUUCUUUUUCCUUUUUCCUUUUUUAUUUCUUGGAAUUUCAAUGAAAGCAAUGACUAUCUGAUUUUAUAACCUAAAUUAGGCUCUGGAGUGAAAAAGCCCAAAGAGUUUUCGAUUUGAAGGAGAAAAUAAGACUAUGUUCUCUCUUUCAACGAACAGGAAGCUUGCAGGAAGCUGCUGUUCAGUGAUGGUACCAGAACUGCUCUUGUUAUGUUGUCUUUGCUGACCCUUUUCCCCGUUGGAAUCGUCUCCAUUGUUUUCUGGAUAUUGGUAAGUCUAAGAUAUGUUCUCGACCCCGAGCAAGAAAGGAGAAGAAGGAAUCAUUUUUACGAAUGUACUUUUGCAGGCGGGCAUUCUCUGUCCAUUGAUUUAUCUGUUUGUUUUUUCCAUGCAACUUUUUACAUUUAUUAUCAUUACCGUUAUAACAGGCACUAUCAAUACCAUGCCUCAACCAUUACCGCCAUUACUAUGACAACUAUUACUGCCAUUAUUAUGACAACCAUUACUGCUAUUACUAUGACAACUAUUCGGCCAUUACAGUAAGCUCCCGCGUAUAAGAACCUAGAAUUUUUGGGUUCAGGCUGAAUGGGUUCUUAUAUUUUGGGGUAGUUUUUCCGAACUCAGGCUGAUUAGGUUCUUAGUAGGUUCUUAUUUGUAGGAGUUGUCAUAGUGAUACCAUUCAGAGAACUACUGUAGUACUAGUUUGUCAUAAUGGUUGAACAUUUGUAUUUUAAACAGCAAAAAUACCAAGCCUUAUUUUUUAAACAAUAAUAAAUUCAGUAUCAUAGGCUACCAUAUUUACAGUUGUAUUUGAUAAUAAUGUAAAUUGCUAAUAGCAAUAUAAAUAUGUAAAUAAAAACAGCACAAAUAAAUAACAACCCAAUUUAGGGAAUUAAAAUUGAACCAAUUUGAAAAUAAUCAAAUACAAUUUGAAAGAGUGUUUUUUUGUAUAAGAACCUAUUGUUCUUUGCUAGCCUAAAUAGGUUCUUAUAUAUUUGGGUACUAAAAUGCCCAAUUUCAGCCUGUAGGUUCUUAAAUCACUAGGUUCUUAUACGCGGGUGUUUACUGUACUAGGACAACUAUUACUGCCAUUACUAUGACAACCAUUACCGCCAUUACUAUGACAACCAUUACCGCCACUAUUAUGACAACCAUUACUGCUAUUACUAUGACAACCAUACCGCCAUUACUAUGACAACUAUUACUGCCAUUACUAUGACAACCAUUACCGUCAUUAAUAUUCUAUUGUAGUUCAUCUUUCUUUGUCCAUCCAUUUAUCAAAGAAUUCAUUCAUUCGUUCACUUAUUCACGUAUUUUUUUAUUCGUUCGUUUAUUCCAUCAGCCAGUCAAGCAAUUUUUUAGCUCCUUAGACACUUAUAUUAUAUUUAUUUCUUUUCAAUGAAAAGCCCCAUCAUACAUCGGUACGCCGUCGAGAAAACCCCUCUAGAACGCUGUUUUAAAGCUUUUAACUUUCAAAUUGCAGGCGCGAAAGGCUGGAGGAGAUGGCAAAAAAAAGAAGGAGGUUGAGAACUAUCAUGAGGCUGAGACAAUGGCACUGACGUCAAUUUCAUUUGGCUUGUGUGCUGUGCUCACCAUUCUGAUCUGCAUCCCUCAGUUGAAGCGAGGAAUUUGA